UGUACGUAAAGGUCGAAACAAGUUGACAUCUCGUCACCUGAUCGCCUCUUCCUCACCGAUUAAACCAAGAUUUAAUACCAAAGUACUCAUGGGAUGUUCAUCAUUAAAACACAGAAUUGAACAAUGACUUCCCAUUUCUAGAAGGAGGUAAAACCUUCAGAGCCAAGAUGGGUACCACAUCACCAGACUCACUUCAGUCUGUUUGUCUGCAUUACAUCAGCUGCCAUCUGUCUAAACUUUGUAGUGAAGUAUUAGUGACUGGAGAAGGAGACUAUGCAGAGAGUAGACUCAUCUUCAAGAACCCCGAGUCCAUCAUACACAGUGACCUCGCGGAGAGGUUGCUAUUCAAAUUAAGUGAAAAUGGCCGAUUAACUGAUACUGUAUUAACACUCUUUGCAAAUCAGAACAUAAUGUGCCUACGGAGGGCCUGCAUAAAAAAUGCCACGCUGACAUCACGUGGGUUAAGGGCGCUCUCUUGUCAUCAACUCAUAGAACUGGACGCGUCGAGUGUUCAUAACGUUAAUGUGAAUGACAUCAUAGGGGCCUUGGGGGAGUGGACACGUAAGAAUAUACGCUCACUCAACGUCAGCAACUGCACGUUUCUAAAUAAUUCUAAAUUCUGCAUUGUGAUCUCACUACCCCAGCUGCGCAAUCUGAGACAUUUGAAUGUUAGCUACACCGAGUUUGGUAACAACCUUGGCUUAGAGUGGGUCGCUGAGGGUUUGUCGCAUCUGGAAAGCCUAGACAUCUCAGGAACCCACGUCUACAGCAUUCAGACUCUACUGAAACUCAAACGAACCUUGAAGUCACUGUGUAUGUUCCACACCAGGGUGCCGGAGAAGGACUUGAUCCCCUCGGUGUUAGCUCUAGAAGAGCUACGUCACCUUGAUAUCUCGCAGGACGUUCACCCCAUGAUGGACAACCAUCAGUGUCCGAGCGUCAACACGCUCCUUGAAUCUCGUCUGGCCUUACCGCAUCUAACGUCUCUGGAUAUCUCCGGCAGGGAUAAUGUCAAAGAGGAGGUGUUACACAGUUUCAUCCAAAGGAGGAGUAACAUGACGUUCCUGGGAUUAACCCUGACUCAAGGAAUGUCAAAAACUUUGCGGAUCACUAAGGAGAUGUGUGGAGAAGACUAUCUGACCAAUGAGGGUCAUCCAGACUAUCGACUAGAACUCAAGAUUUCAGGUCACGCGUCUGAGAAGCAAGUGGUUGAAGCCCUCCGUCGCUAUGGCAACAGACCAAACUAUGUUCAUAAACUACUGUGCAGUCUGUUUAACAUGACGUUGUAUCUGGAAAAAGUCUGGCCAGAAAUUAUCAAGAUUAUCCUGCCUGAAAUGAAAGCACAUCCUCACCAUCUUGGUGUUCAGAUGGCUGCCAGUGCCUGUUUGUACAACCUAACAAAGCAUCACUUAGCUGAGAGUGUUCACGUAUCUGAUCUGAGUGAGAUGGUUCAUCUAACGUUGAAUGCUAUGGAGAUGUUCCCAAGCCAACAACAGCUUCAGAAGAAUGCAUUACUGACGCUGUGCAGUGAUAGGAUACUACAAGAUGCGAGUUUUGACCGUUACCGUGCCUCUAAGAUGGUGAUGGAUUGCUUAUUUAUGUUUGACGAUGCACCGAUGACCAGAAUGUCAGUUGCCAUAUGUUCUAUUCUGGCUGCUAAGAUAUCUACUGAGCAAACCACAUUACUGGGUACUAAACGAAACAUGCAGAAACUUCUUCAGAUCGUGAAGAUGAAAGCGGACUCCUUAUCAGUUGAUAUCACCCUCAAGUUCACAUUAAGUGCAUUAUGGAAUCUGACUGAUGAGUCGCCAUCUACAUGCGCUAUAUUCCUGAAUGAAGGCGGAUUGGAUCUCUUUAUUGAUAUACUACAGAUAUUUCCAGAGCAAGCAACAUUACAGACAAAGGUGCUUGGACUCAUUAACAACAUUGCUGAAGUAAGAGAGCUAAGGGGAACAUUACUGAGAUCUGACUUCAUUGGACAUUGCAGGACUCUGUUAGACAGUAAACAGAUUGAAGUCAGUUACUUUGCUGCUGGAAUUAUUGCUCAUCUUCUUAAUGAAGGGCCACAGACGUGGAAACUGUCAAUGCUACUAAGGACUGAGCUACAAGACUCAUUGCAUAAGAAUAUUCUUGCGUGGAAGAACCCAGCUGGUGAGAUGGUUGCAUAUCGGUCGUUCAGUCCAUUCUUUCCAUUACUCAGGUGUGAUAUAACAGAAGUACAACUAUGGUCUGUGUGGGCUAUGCAGCAUGUAUGCACAAAGAAUGCUUCUCGCUAUUGCCCAAUGCUGGUCCAAGAGGGCGGUGUUGAGCUACUGAGUGACAUGGUAACCAAUCGACAGCUUCAUGCAGACGUCUACGCUGUGGCUAAGAGUGUAUUGGAUACAGUAGCAACUAGCAAUAGUAUCUGUUAACUUAUUAAGCCCCUUUCACACAAGAGCAAUUU